AAUUCUAAAAGAAAAAUUGAUUUCAUUACAAUAACAUCUCCGAUCGAAAAGAAAUUGAAAAAUAAUGUUAAGUCGAAUUUCGAAAACUAUCGAUUGUUUGAUGAUGAAAGUGGAAAUGAACAAUUAACUAAAGCUCAAGAUUCUAUUCAACAGUAUAUUAAAACGUUUGGAAAAAUAGUGGAUGAUCCUGAUGCAUAUGAAAUAAGUUUGAAAAAAUUAACCAAUAUUAUUGAUAAUAUUAAAACAAAUUCCAGUAGUUUUAUUAAAACUACAAGUUUUGUGAAAUUUUUCACUUCAUUUAAUGAUGAUUUGAUUGAAAAAGCCAACUCAUCAUCAAACAUUGCCAUUACAAUAAAUAAUGAUUUAUUGAAAGAAUUACAACGAUUUUCAAUUUCAUUGAAGAAAAAUGACCAAUCCAAUAAUGUACAAUUUAAUAGAAAAAUUCAACAAAAAAUUAAUAAUUUAACAAUAAAAUUAAAGAAAAUUAAUGAAGAUAUUCAUAAAUAUCAAUCAAGAUCAUUAACAUUGGAUGAAAUGAAUGAUCAUACUGUAUUUACAAAAUUACCACGAUUACAAAAACUAGCCAUACGUAUAUGGCAACAACGUGAAUUGUUGCUUAAUCGAUCAACCGAUACUGGUUUACAAUUAUAUAGAAAAUUUGUUUAUAAUGGUGAUGAUAAUAUCAUCAAUCAUCAUCCACAAUUGAAACAAAUAGUGGAAAAUUUUGUCAACAAUCAUCUUAAUUCAUUGAAAAAUGCCGAACACGAAUUGAUACAACAACAACAAUCAAGAAAAUUACAAAAACGAAAAAAAGAUUUUUUACAAUUACCAAUGUUUACAAUAUUAGAUCUCAAACAAUCAAUUUUAUCAAAAUUAAAUGAUGAAAAAAUUGAUAAUUUUCAAUUAACCGAUAAUAUUGUUACAAAAAUUUAUAAAAAUUUAAUUGAAGAAAUGACUAAAAGACAUAAUGCACAACAACGUGAAUGUAUUGAUAAUUAUUAUCUAUUGGAUUAUGAUGAUAAUUGUUCGAAUGAUGAUGAAACAUUAAUAACUAAUGAAAAUGAUCCUGAAUUGAUUGAACAAUUGGAACAGAAUUCCAUUGUUAGUAAAAAUGCAAUGGAAAAAUUAAUUAAUGAAUAUAAGAAAAAAGAUUUAGAAAAAAAUGGUAAACAAAAUGAUAAUGAUGAUGAUAAUUCUAGGCCACUUGGUUGGGAUGAUCAUACUGAUGAUGAAGACAAGGACAGCGAUGAUGAUGCGGAUGAUGAUACGGAUGAUACCAACGAUGAAAAUGACAAUGACAGCGACACCAUUGAUGAUGAUGAUUCAAAUUCGGUUGACAAAUGACGACCAAAAGCGAUAAUAAUUGAUAAAUGUCCAUUGUUUUUGUUUUCCUAUUUGUUUAUUUUUCUGUAUUUAAAAAAUCAAAUAAAUCUGUUUGUGUUUUGC